AUGCCUGCCCAGAAGUCAUCCGGCCACCUCGCCGACUUGGAAAGGGAUGGGUUCGUUGUCGUCCGGGGAAUUGUUAGUGGCCAGAAGCUUGAGGAACUCCGUGAAGCCAGCCUCAAGGUUGAGAAGCUUGGAAGAUCAGGACAAUGGCCACACAUCCGUACCGUUGGUAAACAAUUUCCCCCGUGGACCUUCUCUCCCGAAAAGGGGAUCUGGGGUGUUCAGCAUCUCAUGAACCCUGAUCUUCCAGGCCAUGAGGUCUUCACUCGCCAGUACUUCUCUGAGGAAAUCUUGAGCAUCGUCCGAGAGCUGCUGCAGUGCAAUGAUGAUGAGCUUGUCAUGGAGCUUUUCAACAUGCUUGUCCGUCCCGAUGGCGACUUCGAGCUCAGGUGGCACCGAGAUGAUAUCCCCGCCGAGGCUUCAGCUGAGGAGGAGAUGGAGCGUCUCGGCCGCCCUGGCUUUCACGCGCAAUACAACUUUGCUCUUUGGGAAGAUGAGUCUCUCGUUCUGGUCCCUGGAUCCCACAAGCGUCCUCGCACUGAUACCGAGAGGAACGCUGAUCCGUUUGAGAAGGUUCUGCCUGAGCAGAUUGUGGUCAAGCUGGGGCCUGGAGAUAUUGCCUUCUACAAUAACAAUAUCCUGCACCGCGGCGUCUAUGACUCCAAGAAGGACCGCGUCACCCUGCACGGUUCUGUCGGCCACUCUGGUGGCAGCAAGCUCCGCGCUCGUAAUGUUCUCCAGCAUGGCAUCGGCAGUUAUGUCGACAAAGUUGAUUUUUCGAAGCUGAGUGACAACGAGAGACAGCGUGCUGAAGAAAUGCGUGCCAGGCUGGUAAAGUUGGGCAGUGAGAGUGGUGAGGUUGGAUAUUCUCUGCAAGGAUAA